UGCCCCGGGGGAGGUACCGGCUGCUCCUGGCUCAGCCCAGCCUGAGCAUCGCUGCCUCCUGCUUGGGUACGCGGCCACGGGGCCUUGGGUGCUGGCCGUCUGUUAAAACCGGUGCCUUGCGCUUGCUGCAGCAGAAGCAGCUGGGACACAGGGAGUAAAUAUCUGGGGGUAUCUGCAAAGAAAAUUCCAAACCCAGAAGGAGCCCUGUGGCAAUAAAACCCAAACCCUACGUUUUCAUUAAAGGUUAUUAAUAAAAGAGCAUGCUCCCAGGGCAGGGAGCAUAUAGAAAGCAGAGCUACUACUGGGGACAACUGACUUUGCACGUUACUUCUGCUGCUGGGAGUUUUGGAGCUGGUAAACUCAGUGUUAACGUUGUCUUGAAGGUGCAGCAGCCCUAAGUGUCUCCCCAUCUCCAAAAGCACCACAAGUUCACCCUUAUCCCCCAAACAAAUGUUUAAUCGGAUGCUGUAUGUCAAUAUUUGCCUGCCAAAUUUUCAAAUAGGGGCUGGUGCCGAAGGUCGCUGCUGGUGGGUAGGAGGGGUGGGCUGGGCAAGAGGCUGCGUUUGCCCCACACAGAGCUAUCGGCUGGGCUAAAGCAGGUGCCAGCUCCAACGUGGACAUGAACCACCUCAGAAAUAUGGUGUUCCUCUGGGGCCUGUCGCUCUUCUGCCUAUCUGCUCUGCACAGCCACCUAAGGUUUUCUUCGGUACACGCCAUUGAGCAAAAGCGUCUCUUCUUAGACAAAGAUGGGGAGCUGAAGGACAUUAAAAGUGCUGGAGCUGUACAGUCUGCUGCAUUGGGAGCCACCCCAACCCUGCCGAACGCAGAGCUGGCAGACUUUACCCAUGACAACUUCCAGGAGAUCGAUGGACCCAUGUUACCUUUUGCCACCACAUUGCCAGGGACGAGGAAUGACUGGAAACCAGAAGAUGAAGCCAUAGCUGAGGCUGUGGGCUGUCAUGGUCAGCAACCAUACGGGGAAACUGCCUCUUCUGAAGAGGAAGGAGAGGCUGAAGACGAUAAAAGCUGUGAGAUGACUUCGAAGAAGAGCCAGAAGCUAGCAGACGGCUUGAUGAGAUUCAGCAUCGAACUCCUGAAAGAGGUCCAGCUGGAGUCCAACAGACCCAACGUGAUCCUGUCACCCCUCAGCAUCGCCCUCGCCCUGUCUCACCUGGCACUGGGAGCAGCAAAUCAGACAGAGAAGCAUCUGCUGGAGGUGAUGCAUCUGGAGUCAGUGCCCUGUCUCCACCACAAGCUGGGCACCCUUCGCAGAAGGCUGGCAGAAUCCACCCUCAGCCUUGCGUCCCGUCUGUACCUGCAGAAAGGAUUUGAGGUGAAAGAGCAGUUCCUGGAGGAUUCAGAGAAAUUCUAUGGAGCAAAGCCCAUGACCCUUUCCGGGAUUGGUGAGGAUGACCUUGUAGCCAUAAACAAGUGGGUAAAGGAAGCAACUAAUGGGCAAAUACCCACCUUCCUACAGCAGCUCCCUGAAAACACGGUGAUGCUCUUGCUCAACGCAAUCCAUUUCCACGGGUUUUGGAGGAAUAAGUUUGAUGCUAGCUUCACUGGGCCAGAUGUGUUCCACCUUGACAAUAAGUUCGUGGUCCCAGUUGAGAUGAUGAAAGCCCAGAAGUACUCCCUGAGCUGGUUUGCACUGGAGUCCCAGGACAUUCAGGUGGCCAGGUUUCCCUUUAAAGGUAACACAAGUUUUGUGGUCAUUGUACCAAACCAGUAUACCUGGAAUACCACUCAAGUGCUGGAGAACUUCCCUUAUCAACAGCUGUGCAGGCUUUUCCCCAAAGAGGUACCCACCAUAGUGAAGGUCCCCAAAAUAAAAUUGGACUACCAGCUGGAACUCAACAAGGUUCUCAGUCAAAUGGGCCUCCAAGAGCUGUUCACAAGCCCAGAUCUCCAGAAGAUCGCAGAUGAGCCUCUGUUGGUAUCCAGUGUACAGCAUCAGUCUACCCUGGAACUUAAAGAAGAUGGGGUGGAAGCAUCCGCUGCUACCAGCGUUGCAAUUUCACGCUCGGCCUCUGCCUUCAGCCUUGACCGUCCCUUUGUCUUCAUUGUCUUCGAAGAUGAAACAGGCAUCCCGCUUUUUAUAGGCAGUGUCCAGAACCCUAACCCCAAUGCCGCUCCCCAGAUAGAAGAGCCAUGGAACUCACGUGAAGCAACAACAGAUGUCAAUGAGAAUCCCAUGCCCAAAUAAGAGAGGAGCAGGGCCUAAGCGUUCUGGAACUGCUGCCUGACCCUUUGGACCAGCUAAGAGAGGCCGCCUGUCCUUGGAGACCUCCCUCUGAGGCCACAGGAGGCAACCCCUUGCUGUUUUCCUUUACAGAUCCCUAGAGACCAGUCCUGGGAUAGCCCAUUCCCAGCCUUGGCGAGCUUCUCCAGGCUGGGGUUCCCCUCUGUUGAACCUGAAAAGCUUGCUCUGCCUGGAUUUCCCUUCCAGGGCUCUCAGUCCUGGAAGGGAGACUUCCUCAUCCCCCGGCUCUUAUUAGAGUCUUUAUUAAGCUCUUACUAGAGUCCUCCAUAGCCUGGAAUCAUCAUUAGCAUCUGGCAGCUUGGACAACAGCCAGAGAUAUUAAUAUGUCUCUUCCUUCCGCAGUUCCUGUGAACAUGUCUCCCUCAAAGUGUUCCUCUGAAAUCCGUCUGUACCCACCUAGAAAAUGACCUCUAGAUCAACUGGACUAUUAACCAGUUGUCUUCUCUAGGAUGCGUCACAGCCAGUUCCAGGCACAGGCUCUUUUCAAAUAUUCCCUUUUCCCACUUCUUGGCUAUUGGGAUCUGAUGUGGAAAGGUCUGCAAGCGGGAAACCUCUUUGGAUCCUCCAGCCUUUUUCCUGGAAAACUCUAGGUUCUUGGGUAACACUAGAUUUUUCAAGACAUAUUUUAUAAAGUGUUUUUUAGUAAUUUUUAUGUUGGCAGAAUAAUAAAGAGUAAAGCAGAAUAUAUUUGCUUAAGGCAUUGCAUUGAAAGACCCAACAGAGAAAGGAAAAAGGCACGCAACUUGAAUAAUUGCAAAGAUUGGGAAGAAAAAAUCUGGGUGUGACAGAUGGAAAGAUAGGAGGGGCUCUUGCAAAGGGUCUGCUUUUUGCUACACUUCAUUACAGAGGACAACAGGGGCUGUGAGGUGAAAUGGCUAAUCUGGAAAGUCUGGCCAAGGACUAAAUCCAAGAUGCUUUGGGCAUCUCACCUGCGGAGUGUGCAGGGAAUGCCCACCGGGUCAGAGCUGGCUUUGUGGAACAGGCAGAAUUCCUUGAAUUCAGGCACAAGCUCUGCAGCAUAGGGACAGGAGGGUAUUUUGCCUGUGAGCAGCCAUGCAGUGAUAAGCAGGGAUGUGACAGUCCUUAACCUUUCUCUCUGGCAAAACCUGACCACUACUGGUAUCUACUAGGAGGUUCAAAGGUGCUGAUCUGGCAUCUGCUAUCUGUGAUUUGUUCUUCUGGGAUACUCCUGGCUCCACAGCACAAUGCUGUGCAUGGUUGGGACAGCUUCCAGGGGAAGGAGGGACAGAUUUUGAUGCCUGUAGCUGAAUGUCACUGCUUUUGCCUGGUUGUGGCAAAAGGCAAUGACCUGUUGCAGCUUCAUUUUUGUCUGAGAUGGGCACAGCUCCCCGGGUCCUUGUUCUGAGGUAUCAGUGCACAUCUGAAAUAAGCUACCGCAAAAGAACCUUGGGAACCCUCUGCCCAACCAAGCCAUCCUACCACGUAAAAAUAUUAGUCUAACUCACCGUAGCCUGCCAUGCUGCAGCUAUUUCUGUACAAAACAAUUGCUGUCCAUAGUAGAUUCUGCUUCCAAAAUUCCUCAGCUUCUGGGUAGAAAGGAUGGUACUCUGGGUUUUGCGAAAUAGCAAUUGCAGAGCACAAGGGCCAUCCUUCUGGCAGUGUUUUCCUUACUCGGGAAGUCUGCCUUCCCUCAAAGGAAGGAGCAGAAUGCUUCUGGGAGCCUCCGUCCCUGAAUAGUCUGCACCAUCUGCUGGAAUAAGAGAAGGACUGACUCACUAACCAUGAAUUUUGGGGAUGCAGGAGACUUUGGGGAAUAAAAAGUCCUGGCUCAACCCUGCAAUUACACAUUUCUUGGAGUCUAAAAGGGGAAGAACGGCUAAAGAUAAUGUCUACCCCUCUAACCAAUGCAACGACACAUACCCUUCAAAAAGAGGGUGUAAUUACGGGGCCAUAUAAUUUUAACAAGUAAACCCACAAGAAUUCAGCCCAAGUAUGAGGGCAUACCUCUAGUCCACAGGGAACAUUUUAGCUCAUUUAUUUAUACAGAUUCAUUUCUAACAUUCAGAAAUACCAUCCCAUGCCUUAGGUAAGUCUUGCUUUGGCUCCUGCAACCUCAGCGCUAACCCCCCUCCGCCCCCGUUGCACUGCAGCCUGUGCAAAAUGUGAAGUGCAAGUCUUGCGGUUCAUGCCUCUGCCCUCCAGCUCCCCCUCUUCUAUGAAGUUUUUUCCCCUCAUUCUCAGUUUCCUGAACAGCUUGAUUCUUAUUUCCUAUUUUCCAUCUUUCUGCCAUCCCUCCUCCUCCAAGCUAUUCUUGUCAAACUAUUAAUUUCAUCGUAUUUGACAGCACAGCAGCCCUCCAUGACUGUGCUCAACAAAUUAUCAGUUACACCAACCUUAAGACUCUUUUUUUUUUUCACUCCACCAACUCUCCAGAAGAGGCAGUUUGUAAAACGCGAAGCAAUAUUAAUGUCUCUGCUCAGGAAUUUCCACUUUGCAUUGCUAAGCUUUCAUUUUGACUGAGCUCUAUUCUGAAAAGACGUGACUCUCACGGGGUGUCUGCUCUAUAGCUCAUCUGCAUCACUGCCUGGGAAUAUCAAAUAAGUCUCAAGAUCUUGAAUGUUAGAUGUAUUCUUUCCUUACUAGAGCAAAUUCACAUGACCAUGAUCAGUAGUUCCAUAGCGGGGGUGAACACUGUUCGGACAGCGUAUUGUCUUCUGUCUUGAACCCAAACCUGAACAACAGUAACAUUGAUUUAACAAAACUGCCCUUGCAUCUCGUUAAUGUGUAUAAUGCACCGUUUCAGGGAUACCCUUAAUAAAUAUAUUAAAAAAUAAUAAAGGAUACAGGAAUAAAGCCUGCUUUGGUCUAUAAUAACUCUCUAUACAACUGCCACUCUGAUUUAAAUGGUUUAAAACCAACCCUGUAUUUAAACAGAUGGGCUUUCAUUUGAAGGUACAGAUGAGAUGUAAAAACUCCUCUGGUGGUCCUUCCAUAAAGGGCAUUUUAAUACCACAAAUAAGGUAUCAAAAAGAGAUGAAAAAACACCAGAAGACAUCUCCACAGCCAACACCCCCAUUCUUGGGCUGAUGUUGGAGACGAACAAGUACAAACACCUCGCUGCAGAUGGUUUCUCACAGAGCAAGCCGAGAAGCAAGCUGAAAGCUGUGACUCUUGUUAGAAAAGGUCACCUCUAAUCCAAGGGCAGGCUACUUGAUUUGCUUUUCCAGCUUGCAAAACCAGCAGCUAAUGCUUCUCUCAAACCAUCCUUUCCUCUUGCUGAGGCACUGUAAGACCUCAGUGCCAGCCUGCAUGAGUAACUCCUUGUUACUUGCUGGCGGCGAGGCUGGUGGCCCAAAAAGGAGAUGUCCCAGUGCAAGCCUAGGCUGGGGCCGCUGACAUGAUCGGCUACAAUUUACUUUCAGCAUUUCCAAGUAGACAAACAGCUGCCCUGGAUCAGCUAGCUAUGUGUCCAGUUAGCCCAGUAUCCUGGCUCUCCCGGUAUCCAGUAACAAAUGACUGGGGGGAAAAAAGAGCCAAAAAUGGCUAAGUACAAGGAAAAACAACUGUUCUCUGGUUGUAUCGCCCAGCUGCCGAGUCUGACGUUACAUCUGACGUUACAUCUGACCCUUGUUAGCCGUCAAGGGACCUGUCUUCCACUAAUUGGGUUUGGGUAUGGUUUUUCCCCCCCCAAAUCUAUUUAUCUUCCAUCUUCUGCAAUAUCUAGUUACAAUUAGUUUUACAAUUUAAUACUUAGAAAAAAUACACUCUUGAUUUAAAUGUGUGUUGAUGGCUGCUCCCCUAGAGUCUCCUAUUGCAAAAAAUAAUGCACCCGCCUGUGCCCCCUUCUCCAGAUCAUUUAUCGUUCUGUAAGCUCCUACAACAUUCUGUUAAUUCAUCUUUUUUACCAAGAGUCCUCGGCUUUUUAGUCUCUUCGGCCAAAAACUUUGAGCCAGUUACGGUAAUAACUUGUUAACUAGUAACUAUCCCUGGGUAGGGCCACUUCUGAAUGUCUUCCCCUUAACCGCUUUAGAGCGCGACGGAGUUCUGCUUCCACUUUAUGAGUCUCUCCAUUAAAUCUUGGACACAAAUCCAUAAAUCCAUUAAAGACGGCUGCAUUAACCAUACCUCUGAGGCAGAAUAAAUUCCCUCAUGUGACACACGGGAAAACUGCGGGGAUAGACGACUUGCUCAGAGCAUUUUGCCUCUCCGAGCCGGGCUUUACCCGCUGGACCGCCCUUGUCACCGCUCGUUUUGGAAGGCAGGGUUAAAAAGCUGGCGCCGUUCAGCGGGAGGGUGGCAGCAACGGGAAAUGGGAGCAGAGCACUUUAAGAGAGCCCUGGGAAGCUGUAACCUGAAGCCUGCCGAAGGCUGGGCCGGGGGAGCAGCAAAAAGCAGAUGUGGCUGCAC